UGGGAAGCGGGAUAACAAGCCCCGCAGACCGCAGCACCUGACGCCAGGACUCACCCCAUCCCGCAGAGAGGCGCCGGCCCCUUUAAAACCGCAGAGACCCCUCCCUCCGGCCCUCCUCUCCUCCCCCCACCCCUCCCCUGGCCCGCCAAUCAGCGGCCGCCACGCAGCCGGGGCCAGCGGCAGCCAAUUAGCGAGCCGCUUAGUGAGCGGCAGGGAGGAGAGGCCGCAAGAUGGAGGCAGCGGGAGAGGAUGUGGCGCCUGCCGAGGGGUUGCGGGCUCCGGCCGCCUUGGUGGCUCCGCUGCAGCCGGAGGUGGCUGCCGCGGUGCUGCCGGAGCGGCUGCAGCGGCGGGAAGUGGAGCGGCAGCAGGGCGUGGAGCGGCAGCGGCAGAAGAAGGAGGCGCAGGUGGUGAAGGAGGAGCAGAGCGAGUUCUUCGUCGCCGCCUUCGCCCGGGAGCGGGAGGCCGUGGAGGCGCUGCUGGCGGCGGCGGCCGCCGCUGAGCAGCUGGAAGAGGCGGCCGCCCGCGUGCAAGGGCUGCAGAAGCUGCUGACCGAGAGCGUGCGCUUCCUGGCGGCCUACGAGGUGCGGCAGGGGCAGGAGGCCCUGGCCCGGCUCCAGGGGGCCCUAGCGGCCAGGCGCCAGGAGCUGCAGCCCAAGAAGAAAUUCGCCUUCCGCACCCUCAAGAAGGAAGUGGCUCCGGGCAGCGAGCAGCGCCCCGCGGAGCCUGCCCAGCCUCCAGCCGCCGCGCCGGCCCCCGGCCACGGCUCCGCAGAGGGGGACUCGGACGGCUCCCCGCUGUGCGGGUUCAGCCGGGCCGAGAGUGAGGAGCUGGAGCUCGGCCCCGCUGAGCUGCUGCAGCGCGAUGUGGUGCUUUCCGAGCUGCGCGGCUGCCGGGUGCGGCUCCGCGGCAAUGCCAACACGCUGCGGGUGCGGGACUGCCGGGGCUGCACCGUGCUCUGCGGGCCCGUUUCCACCUCCGUGCUGGUGGAUGGCUGCAGCGACUGCCUCCUGGUGCUGGCCUGCCAGCAGCUCCGCACCCAUCGCACUCGAGACAGUCGGUUCUACGUGCAGGUGACUAGCCGUGCCGUGAUCGAAGACUGCACUAAGGUCUCUUUCGCCCCUUACUCCUGGAGCUACCCUGGUAUCGAGAAGGAUUUCGAGUCUUCUGGGCUGGACAGGAGCAGGAACAACUGGAACAUAGUGGAUGACUUUAACUGGCUGGCGAAGGACAAGCCUUCACCCAACUGGAGCCUGAUUCCUGAGCUGGAAAGGAUCACCUACUGGGACUGACUGCAGAGGCAGCUUGGUGCUGAUUGAGAAUUGAUGACUAGAAUGAUGAUAUGAUGGAGACCCUCAUACAUCUCAUCCAGGCAAAGCUACUCAGAAGUGAAGUAUUUGUGACGGAGGACACUACGCUGUUAGAGGAAGCUGCAAGUUGCUGGGCAACUGAAUUUUCCUGAAGCUUGUACCUGAGAAAUAAUCACAGGUAAGAUCGGGCAGUGUUCGCGAAGUGGUUGGUUUCAGGAGUUGGGCCUGGCUGGCUCUCAGUCUUUCCCAGUUCAAGGAGACCUGGAGUGCUGGUCUGGUCAGAGCUGCUUUGCGUCCCUGCUAAUCACAGCUUCGAGAAAGGAGAGCAGCCUAUGUACUCUUUCUUCCCUUGGAACAAGAAGCAAUGCUAACAUGAAGAAAAUUGCCUGACAACAUCAUCUAGGUCAGGAGUUAGAAUUGUUUUUCCUUUAUGUCUAACCUGCUAGGG